CGAUCUUUGAUGAUGGUUCCAGACACAGAUUUAAAACACUGCGUAAGGCUGUGGAUCUGAUAAUGCAUUUAUUAUCAGGUCUGUGGUAUUAUAUUAUUAUCACAGAAUACCUAUUAUGUUUUUUAACCGUUGCACAAAUUCAUAGAGUAAUAUUCUGUGAUACAAUGUAUUCUUUCUACGGUUAUAUUACUCUAUAAUGUACUCUGAUCUAAUGUUCAAAUCUUUAAUCUAAACCAAGUCCUAACUUGUAGUGACCAGUUCAGACGUGUUAUAUACUGCGACUGCGUUAAAUCGUUUUAAAUCUACGGCAGGAAAAUAGGCGAACGUUAUAAUGUCGACUGGACAACAACAGAAUAAUGACGUACAAGAGUUUGUAUGCUGUAUAAUGGAUCUAAAAGCCAGAAGAUUGUCUGGCCGGUCUGACCCCAAUGAUAUAAAAAACGCGACAGACACUUUUCGUUGGCUUCGGAACAACUCACCCAUCCUUGACAAUAGUGAUAAAUGCCGAUUGUUGGAUUCAGGACUGAUUGAAAUCUGUUCAUGGUACUGCAACACUUAUUUUGCCAAUGAGUCCCUGAGUUGUAGCAUAUUGUUACAGUUUUUGGCCAACUUCUCUGUGGGCCAUGAGAACGCUCAGCGCCAGAUAUUUGAAAGUUUCUGUAACACAUUAAGACAUUUUAUUGUAUCUUCUCAGGAUUCUAAACUAUUAAACAAUUCAAUGAUGUUGCUGUAUAAUCUAUGUUUAUGUGAUGUAAACUUCAGAGAAGAGAUCUUAAAAGAUGUAAGUACAGUUCAACAGAUUAUGACACACUGGUCUCAAAAGGAAUUGGAAUAUAGUAAAAUAUUUUUAGAUUCAAUCUUUUCAAAUUCAAAAGAUUUUUUAUUGGUCUUUACAAAUCUUCCUGACUGUUCUAAAGAUCAAUUAAUGGACAUUAUUUCCGUUUGGCUUGACAAUUAUCAUGAAGAAGUAUCUUUAGAUGUCAUUGUUGCGAUAAGAAAUAAUUUUUUUAUUGAUUGUGUCGUAGACAAAAUAACAAGACAUGUAGUGAAUGUUCUUGCUAAGGCUUCAAAUGUAGAAAAAUUCAAUCAUGAAAUAAAAAGACACACUACUCUAUUAAAAAAAAUUAUGGACUUGUUGGUAUUCAUACAUAAGUGUGCCAAGGAUAAUGAUGAUUCAAAUGACUUUAGCCGCGUGAAAGAUCUAUCAGCUCUUUUUAAUUCAGAUGUGCAAACCCAUAAUAGAUUUUGGUUCAAAUCAGAUUUAAUACGAUUGAUAGCAAAUAUGUGUUAUAAUAACCAAGAACAUCAGAACCUAAUGCGCUCUAAUGAUAUUAUUCCCAUACUGUUGGAGUGUUGUGCAUUUGAUGCUAAAAACCCUUUGAUGCGAGAAUGGAGCUUAUUUGCACUUAGAAAUAUUUUGGAAGGAAAUUUGGAUAACCAAGAUUUUGUAGCUAAUAUAGAUUCUGUUGGAUCUAUUGAUCCUGAAUCAUCAAUUACACUAACCGAUACACUUAAAAUGGCUUCAAUUAAGAAUUCUAUUUCAGAUAGUGACACCAUGUUCAUCUAAAGAAAAUGAUUAGUUUUAGUUCUGUUUACCUUUUACCUACAUUUUAUAUACAAUAUUAAUGAUAAUAGUUUAUACACAAAGCUAUUAAUAUAUCAUUUUUAAAAAAUAUUAUAGGGGCUGCAGGCGAACUCGUAUUUGUGUUUAACCAAACUGAUACAAUUAAACAGUUUCUCUUUUAACUUAAAUUAUUUAAAAAUAAAUAAAAUGAGUAGGUACCUAUACAAGAAUUAAUUUAUAUAGUACAUAUAACCUAUAUAACAUAUAUAGUACCCAUCAUUUGUAUACAUGAGGUAAGACUGUAAGAGUUUAGACGCAUCUCUAUUGUAAUCAAGGUGUAUACCUUUAUUCUAAUUAAACAUUUAAAUUUACAUGUUAGGUGCCUAUGUGAUAUUACACAAUGAGGACAUUUUGGUUUUUAAUUUUCAAAAUGUCAAAUGAAUAUUAAUCACAAAACAAAUUAAACACAAUAAAAAAAAAAUUAAUUAAAUACAAUAUAUUUUACAUUUACUAUAAAACAAUAGUUAAUUGUGACUAAUAUUACUUUUAAUCAAUCUGAAUGGCAAAUUAAAGUCGCUAUUAUAGCUUAAAUUAUUAACACUCCAAUUUCUAGUACAGCAAUAUUUAUAGAUGAUGUGUUAUUCUCUAUAUUUUUAUUUAAACUUUCAUCAACCCUUUGUUUUAAAAAAAUCUUUAUUGAUCUAUGAAUAUAAAAAGAUAAUACCACUAAAAAUCUAAAUAAUUUUAUACUUUAUAUAAAUGUUAUAAUAAACAUAUAUUAUAAACAUUCAACAUAAAAUUACCUGUCAAAAUAUUGUAAAAAAAUAAACAAAUAAAAUUACGGUGCUAUCAAUUUUAGUGUGUCUAAUCUAACCUACGGGCAAAUUGGCGUCAAUGUAUGUACUUCGCUUUGUAAAUAAAUUUAAUCGAUAUUGGAUAUAGUA